AUGGACGGGAUGCAGGAUAUGUACGGCCAGCCGUAUGGUCAGAUCGAUCCGACCACCGGCUAUCCGCAGGAUGCUUCGAUGAGCAAUCUUGACGGGAUGGCCCAGGCGCAAACGCUAGAUCAGAUCAUGUCGCAUAACCAUGAGGAGCUCAUGCGUCGGUCAAGUGCAUACAACCCAGACCUUUACAGACCCAAUGCGCCUGAUCGGAGUGGAAGUCGUCGUCAGUCAAUGAUGGAAUUCGGCACAAGCGAUCUCGCCGACUUCCAAUUCGACCCCAAUCCUGCCCCUCCCCCGAUGUCCCAACAGCAGCUAUCUAGCAUGUCCAACAUGUCCGGAAUACCGUCGACGCAUCACAAGAUGGAUCCGCGAAGAGUGCGCUCGAAAGAAAACCUCGCGCUUCAUACCCAGUUCUCGCAGAUGAACACGAACUACAACGACAUGAACUCAUUUUCUCCCCAGAUGGUAGGCAACAUGACGGGCGAUCCAAACGAGUACAUGGGCACGGGUAUGGACCUGUCGAUGGGCUUUGACCAAAUGGCGGGCAAUGCGACGCCAAUGGACGUCAGUGCCGCAAUGCAGCAAUCAUUAUACACAGACUCACCCGUUGCCGCCAACUUCAACAUGAACUACUCGACACCUUCGAAUCCAGAUCCUGGCGGAGGAUCAAAUGCAAGUCCUCAUCACUCUAUGGGCCAUAAGACACCUCAGUCCGGUGAAAAGCGCGCGAAGAGUCGGAUCUGUGCCAAUGGUCCCGGCCCAAUCUCUAUGCGCCACGCAUCAUCUGGCUCAGACACAGCACAAGGCAUGCAGUCACCUAUGUCCAUGGGUCCGCCGCCUGCCAGACGAAUGUCGAUGGACCGGACCUCCUUCCCAUCCAAUAUGCAGGAAAUGACCAUGGGACAACUCAGCCAGAUGCCGAUGAUGCAGGGACCAAACGACCCUGCCUACUCCAAAUUUGCCAACGCCUAUUCAACCACAGGAUUCGAUAUGCUGGGAGUGCUCAUGAGAGUUGCGACGCGAAGAAAACCAGAAAUCAAUAUCGGUCCCGUAGAUCUAUCAUGCGCAUUCGUGGUAUGCGAUAUUGACCAGCACGACCUGCCAAUAGUAUACUGCUCCGACAUGUUCGAAAGGCUGACAGGCUACACUCGCUACGAGAUUCUUGGUCGAAAUUGUCGAUUCUUGCAAGCUCCGGACGGCAAGGUACAGUCCGGCAUCAAGAGGAAGUACGUGGAUGACCAAUCGGUGCUGUAUUUGAAGAACCAAAUCAACAAAAGGGCGGAAGCACAACUGAGUCUCAUUAAUUACCGAAAAGGCGGACAACCGUUCAUGAAUUUACUAACGAUGAUUCCGAUAACGUGGGACACCGAGGAGUUCCGCUACUUCGUCGGAUUUCAGGUUGAUCUGGUCGAGCAGCCAGGAUCGGUCUCCGGCAAGAAUCCCGACGGCACGUAUGCAAUCAACUACAACAGAAGUUCUUUGCCAGCAUAUGCAUUACCACCACCCCCAGAUCCGAGCAGCGGUAUUACCGAUCUCGGCCAAACGAUCCCUCGCGACGAGGUCUCGCAAGUGCUUAGCACGAUUGGCAACGGCGAGUCAGAACUGUCCAAAAGAAUUUGGGACAAAGUCUUGCUGGAAAACACCGACGACGUGGUGCAUGUGUUAUCACUGAAAGGUCUCUUCCUCUACUUGUCACCAUCAAGUCGUACAGUCUUGGAGUACGAUCCGGCAGAUCUCGUUGGCACGCCUCUAUCAUCUGUCUGCCAUCCUAGCGACAUUGUCCCGGUCACGCGCGAACUGAAAGACUCCGCAGGCGGCGCAGCAGUCAACGUUGUGUAUAGAAUACGGCGAAAGCGUUCGGGGUACACGUGGUUUGAAGCACAUGGUUGUCUGCACACCGAACAAGGCAAGGGCAGGAAGUGCAUGAUUAUGGUUGGAAGAGAAAGGCCAGUCUACGCACUCGAUCGUCAAGAGCUUUCCAACGAUGGUGGCAUUGGUGACAGCGAGCUCUGGAGUAAGCUAUCCACAUCUGGCAUGUUCCUGCACAUCUCCUCGAACUCGCGAGCUAUGCUUGAUCGCCUCCCAGACGACAUGGUUGGUGUCAGCCUGCAAUCCCUGAUGCGACCCGAAUCACGGCGAGAGCUCCAGAAGGCUCUCGAAAGCGCUCGGACAGGCGAAAAAGCUACCUUCAAGCACGACCUGCAGAACAGGCGCGGCCAAGUCCUCCAAGCGCAAACCACAAUCUACCCUGGCGAUGCAAAGAGAGGCCGCAAGCCCACCUUCCUCCUCGCGCAAACCCGUCUACUGAAGAUGACACGCGCGAUGCUUCUAUCGCACAAAUCGCACGGCGCAUCCUCCACCACCGGCUUUUCUGAAGGCUCCGGCACACCCGCGCGCCUGUCUUCGCAACAAGCAAUGGCCACUUCCUCUAACGAGCUGCUUCCGCCCGGUACACCAAGUGGCCUCAGCGACCCCGGCGUCAUCACACAAGCCGGCAGCAACGGCCUGACCCUCGGCAAUCAAGACGAGGCGCUCGCCUCCGAAGACAACAUUUUCGACGAGCUCAAGACGACCCGCAGCACGAGCUGGCAAUUUGAGCUGCGGCAAAUGGAGCGGCAAAACCGCUUGCUCGCGGAAGAGCUACAGAGUCUGGUCACGCGGAAGAAGAAGCGGAAGCGGAGGAAGGGACUGGGACAGCUGGAGAAGGAUUGUGCGAAUUGCCAUACGAGGGUGACGCCGGAGUGGCGGCGCGGGCCAAGUGGACAGAGGGAUCUGUGUAAUUCUUGUGGGUUGAGGUGGGCGAAGCAGAACGGCCGCGUCUCUCCACGCACAAAGACAGGCACGUCUGACAAAUCCGCCACUUCGCCUGGCCACACCGGUGCCACUCAAGCGAACGCCAACAGUAGCAUAGCCGGCAAUCUCAACAGCAGUAACGACACUAAACCGAAGAUAAUAGGAGGACAAGCGAUACCAACAAGCGAGCGGAAACCCAACAAAUCUCCCUUGAGCCAGCAGCAGAACGCGGCGCCCAGCUCAGAGGGCGGCAGUCAAAAGAUUAAACCGGAGGAGAGCGAGGGACAAUACGCCGCGGACGGGUGGUACGCAUCAUAUGACAAUCGAUGA